AUGAGUCGAUCACGGAGGCAACACUCUACUUUGGUUCAUUUUGUUGGUGGUGGUUUAGGAGGUUCUUUCGGUGCGUUUGUAACAUGUCCACUGGAAGUUAUUCAGACCCGACUUCAAUCUUCUGCCUUUCAUUGUCAAAGAACCGCUGCCAAAAUGCGUACAGCCAAGAAAUUAUCAUCAACUGGCCCGUCUGUGAAUUUCAGUACAGCCAGUGUCGCCGAUACCAAGAUAAACAUUGCUGCGAAUCGCUUCAAAGGAAUUAUUUCCUAUGGCAGAUAUAUGGUCAAACACGAAGGGUUCCUAUCCCUGUACAAAGGUCUUGGUCCCACGUUGGUUGGCGUCACUCCAUCAAGAGCGAUUUAUUUUGCUUUCUAUUCCAAAACAAAGGACUUUCUGAAUAAAUCUGGCAAGCUUACCCCCGACUCUUCGCCUGUACACAUGAUUUCAGCCGCAAUUGCGUCCUUUGUAAACCACACUAUCACUAACCCCCUAUGGUUCGUCAAGACUCGACUCCAGUUGGACCACAGAGAAGCAAGACGGGUCAGCGCUUUCCAAAUUGUCCGGGAU